AUGAACCUCAUCGUCGCCGUGUCGUUUGGCCUACUGGUCCCGCCCAGCCUUCGCGGGCCCGCGCCUCUCCAUCAUACGCUUCUGCUGAACCGCCCCUUCACCGGCAUCACCCUCCAGACCUUGCACGAGUCCAAGUUUGACCACGGCACCAUCCUGUCCCAGACGCCCCUCCCAGGCAUCCCUGUCCCGCCUGGCACGAACUUGCAGGCCCUCCACGACAUCGUCACGCCGCCAGCCGCCGAGAUGCUCGUCCAGGGCCUGCGCAACGGCGUCCACGUGCCGCUGCUGAAGCCCGUCGGCUGGACGCCCUCGCAGCGAGACCUCGCCACGCUGCGCCACGCGCCGAAACUCACAAAGCAGGACAGGCAGGUCCGGUGGCGCGCGUGGGCGGCCGACGACUUUGCGAGGCGGGAGACCGUUCUGGGCCCGCUGUGGAGUGAGCUGCAGACACGCCGGGGCAGGAAGAGGGUUAUUUUCGAGGGUCUCGAGGCGGUUGCGCCGUCGACCGGGAGUGACGAGGCGAUGAAGGGCCAGGCGCGUGCGUUUGUCGCGUUCGAGACGGGCACGGACGCAGGCGUUUCUGGCGGUCCCAUUUCACCGGAGGCAGUGGAGGAGGUGUCCUACCUCGAGGCUGAUGACGGCAGUGGUUCUGUGUUGAUGUCUGCCCCUGGCGGUGGCGUCGUGAAGGUCGCGAGGAUCAAGAUUGAAGGAGACAAAAGCAAGCCGGCGGCCAACACGUUGGCGAUACACACUAACGUCGGCAAGGCAGAAUAUUGGAAGGGGUCUUCGACUGGUCACGGCGACCUGUCAUCGUGA